UUCGGCGGCUGCCUCCGCGAGACCCGGCCGGCCCAGCCUGGCCGCCGGGAUCCAGCGCCUGUGGGCGCUUAGUCCGACGUGGGCACCUGGUGCGGGAGCCCGGCUAGGGCCGGGAUGCACAGCGAUGCCUCUUGAGUCAGCCCCAUGACCCCGAGCACUUUGGCCGGAGAAAGGAAGGAGCCCCCCCGCCUGCACCUGCAGCCUCUGUGGCCUGGACAUGAUCCCGUACUUCUCCGCCAACGCGGUCAUCUCGCAGAACGCCAUCAACCAGCUCAUCAGCGAGAGCUUUUUAACUGUCAAAGGUGCUGCACUUUUUCUACCACGGGGAAAUGGCUCAUCCACACCAAGAGUCAGCCACAGACGCAACAAGCAUGCAGGCGAUCUCCAACAGCAUCUCCAAGCAAUGUUCAUAUUACUCCGCCCAGAAGACAACAUCAGGCUGGCUGUAAGACUAGAAAGCACUUACCAGAAUCGAACACGCUAUAUGGUAGUAGUUUCAACUAAUGGUAGACAAGACACUGAAGAAAGCAUUGUCCUAGGAAUGGAUUUCUCUUCUAAUGACAGUAGCACUUGUACCAUGGGCUUAGUCCUGCCCCUUUGGAGUGACACCCUAAUUCACUUGGAUGGUGAUGGGUCUGCACUACAAAGUUUACACAAGGCUUGUGAAGUGGCCAGAAUGCAUAACUAUUACCCAGGAAGCCUGUUUCUCACCUGGGUGAGUUACUAUGAGAGCCAUAUCAACUCAGAUCAAUCCUCAGUCAAUGAAUGGAAUGCUAUGCAAGAUGUGCAGUCCCAUCGGCCAGACUCUCCAGCUCUCUUCACAGAUAUACCAACUGAACGUGAGCGAACAGAAAGGCUAAUUAAAUCCAAAUUAAGGGAGAUCAUGAUGCAGAAAGAUUUGGAGAAUAUCACAUCCAAAGAGAUACGAACAGAGUUGGAAAUGCAAAUGGUUUGCAAUUUGAGAGAAUUCAAAGAAUUUAUUGAUAAUGAAAUGAUAGUGAUCCUUGGUCAGAUGGAUAGUCCUACACAGAUAUUUGAGCAUGUGUUCCUGGGAUCAGAAUGGAAUGCCUCCAACUUGGAGGAUCUACAGAACCGAGGGGUGCGGUAUAUUUUGAAUGUCACUCGAGAGAUAGAUAACUUCUUCCCAGGAGUCUUUGAGUAUCAUAACAUCCGGGUAUAUGAUGAAGAGGCAACUGAUCUCCUGGCUUACUGGAAUGAUACUUACAAAUUCAUCUCUAAAGCAAAGAAACAUGGAUCUAAAUGCCUUGUGCACUGCAAGAUGGGAGUGAGUCGCUCAGCCUCCACUGUGAUUGCUUAUGCAAUGAAGGAGUAUGGCUGGAAUUUGGACAGAGCCUAUGACUAUGUGAAGGAAAGACGAACGGUGACCAAGCCCAACCCCAGCUUCAUGAGGCAACUGGAAGAGUAUCAGGGGAUCUUGCUGGCAAGCAAACAGCGGCAUAACAAGCUCUGGAGAUCCCAUUCAGAUAGCGACCUCUCAGACCACCAUGAACCCAUCUGCAAACCUGGGCUGGAACUCAACAAGAAGGAGAUCACCACCUCAGCAGACCAGAUUGCAGAGGUGAAAACCUUGGAGAAUCACCCAUCCAUACCUCCUGUCUUUGUGGAACAUGUGGUCCCACAAGAUGCAAAUCAGAAAGGUCUGUGUACCAAAGAAAGAAUGAUCUGCUUGGAGUUCACUUCUAGGGAAUUUCAUGCUGGACAGAUUGAAGAUGAAUUAAACUUAAAUGACAUCAAUGGAUGCUCAUCAGGAUGUUGUCUCAGUGAAUCAAAAUUCCCUCUUGACAACUGCCAUGCAUCCAAAGCCUUAAUCCAACCUGGACAGGCCCCAGAAAUGGUCAACAAGUUCCCAGACUUAACAGUGGAAGAUUUGGAGACAGAUGCACUGAAAGCAGACAUGAACGUCCACUUACUGCCGAUGGAAGAGUUGACGUCUCGACUUAAAGACCUCCCCAUGUCCCCUGAUCCUGAGUCACCUAGCCCCCAAACCAGUUGCCAGGCUGAAAUCUCAGAUUUCAGUACAGAUCGCAUUGAUUUUUUUAGUGCCCUGGAGAAGUUUGUAGAACUCUCUCAAGAAACCCGGUCUCGAUCUUUUUCUCACUCAAGGAUGGAGGAGCUUAGUGGAGGCAGGAGUGAAGGCUGUCGGCUGUCAAUGGUAGAAGUAGUCCCUUCUGAAGUGACUGCUGAUGACCAGAAAAGCAGCUCUUUGAGUAAUACUCCGCAUGUGUCUGAAGAAUCUUCAGUGGAUGAGGAACAGUCAAAGGCAAUCUCAGAACUGGUCAGCCCAGAUAUCUUCAUGCAAUCUCACUCAGAAAAUGCAAUUUCAGUCAAAGAAAUUGUCACCGAAAUUGAGUCUAUCAGUCAAGGAGUUGGACAGAUUCCACUGAAAGGAGGAGACAUCCUGUCCAACCCAUGCCAUACACCAAAGAAGAACACCAUCCAUGAGCUGCCCCUUGAGAGAGCCCAGAGCCCUGAAAACAAGCCUGGACAUGUGGAGCAGGAUGAGAGUUACUACACAGCCCAGCCUGGACUAGACAAAGACUCAGGGAAGUACAACCCAGAAGGCUGCCUAACCAUACACUCAGCCAUGGCAGACUUGGAAGAAGAGAACCUAGCUGAAGGGGAACAUGAACUCUGGGGCCCAGGGAUGCAUCCUGGUGCCAAAUGGUGCCCUGGAUCUGUGAGGAGAGCCACCCUAGAGUUUGAAGAGCGCUUACGACAGGAGCAGGAGCACCAUGGUACUAGCCCUGUGUGUACCUCAUUGUCUACUCGCAAGAAUUCUAAAAAUGAUUCUUCUAUGGCAGACCUAGCACCGAAAGGGAAAAAUGAUGAAGUCAUCUCAGAAUACUCAUUUGCCCCUAAGGAACGAGAGAUGAGCAAGGGCAAAGGGAAAUGCGGUGGGUCUGAAGCUAGCUUACUAUCCCAUUGUGAACACAAUGCCAUUGUUCCAGCUCCCCAGCUUCCCGAGUAUCACCCCUUCCCUUCUCCUCAAGAGUUCCCAGGGUCAGAUACUAGAACAAAACAGGAUGGAGUCCUGAAGGAGCAUAGGACUGUGAUUUCUCACCAAGCAUCUGAAACACAAGCCAUCCCUAUGCCCCUUCCAAAAAGGAUAGAAAUCAUUGAGUAUACCCACACAGUUACAUCAGUUGAUCAUACAGGACUAGGGGGUGAAACAGCCUCCAGAGAAGAAGAGGAGGAGCAAGGACUAAGGAAAGUGAAGGUAGAGAAGUCAAUCACUAUGCUCUGUGCCCUGGAUGAAAAUCUGAACAGAACUUUAGACCCCAACCAGGUUUCUCUGCACUCCCAAUUGCUACCUCUGCCUCAUUCUUCCUCUCCUGAGUAUGACAGGCCCACUGACUUGACCUUCAUGCUGAGAAGCCCUGAAGACCCGGGCAGUAGCCCAUCUACAACCUUAGAGACAAUAGCACCUUUUGUCAGUCAUACAACCCACAUACCACCUGCCAGCAUGGAUUACCUGCAUCCCCAGACCAUGGUUCACCUGGAAGGCUGCACAGAACAAAGCAGCACCACAGACAGUGAGCCCUCUGCAGAGCAGCUUAACUGGCAAGAAAGCCAAAGGAGCCCUGCCUCCAGUGGCAAUGAAAUGCUACACAGGGGCUCCCAGUCAAGUAGUGAAGAUCUAAGUUUAAUUAGCAAAUUCAGUGACAAUGUUGGGGAGUUACAGAAAAAACUGGAUUCAUCACUUAUAGCCUGUCACCUCCCACAUAGCUCUAGUGAAAAUGUAAAGGGUCUCAGCCACAUCCCUGGUGUGGUGAAGGAGCGUGCUAAAGAAAUUGAAUCUAGAGUGGUUUUCCAGACAGGGCUAACCAAACCAUCCCAAAUGAGGCGCUCAGCCUCCCUCGCCAAGUUAGGUUACCUGGACCUUUGUAAAGACUGUUUACCAGAGAGAGAGCCCCUCUCCUCUGAAUCCACUCAUCUCAAACUGCUUCAGCCCUUCAUCAGAACAGACUCAGGCAUGCAUGCCAUAGAGGCCCAGGAGCCCCCAGAAAACGCAGGUGCCCCUCAGAACCCAGAGCCUACCAAGUAUUUUGUAGAGCAACUCAGAACAUCAGAGUGUAUUGCACAGAGCAAGCCAGUGGAGAGGCCCCUUGUGCAGUAUGCCAAAGAAUUUGGUUACAGUCAGCAGUGUUUGCUCCCCAGGGCAGGGCCAGAAUUGACUAAUUCUGAAGGAGGCCUUCCUUUGCUCCAGACCCAGGAACUGCAGUGCGCAGGCUCAGCUCCAGGGCUGGCCGUGGCACCCCGUCAGCAACAUGGCAGAACUCACCCCCUUAGGAGACUGAAAAGGGCAAAUGAUAAAAAACGGACAACCAACCCCUUCUAUAACACCAUGUGAUUCUGAGCCUAUACAUGUGAUUUUCUAAGAAAAAUGUUUGUAAAAGGGGCAGGUGUAAUAUGUAAGGAACAUGCACUUUAUUGGUUAAUUUUAUAAUAUUUCUGUCAUUUUACUGUUCCUGGCACAUGCAGGGUUUGGGUUUUUCUGUGUGUGUGUGUGUGUGUGUGUGUGUGUGUGUGUGUGUGUGCACGUGUGUACAGAGAGAGAGAGAGACAGAUUGACUUAGAUGGCAAGACCGUUAUCACUCUUCAUUUUUAAAAAAUUCAAACCUCAAAAAAAAAAA